UAAGAGAACCUCAAGGCAGCUGGAGUUUGGGCAGACUUCAGGCACUGCAACUCCAGCCAUGGCACUCACUUUCCUCUCCUUGAGCCUCUCCCACCUGAUCCUGUGGCCUUCUGGAGUCAUCUUGGUCAUAGGCAUCCUGAAGCUUCUUUGUUUGCUGCUACGGAGGCACAAGUUGGCCAGGGCCAUGGACAACUUCCCAGGGCCCCCCACUCAUUGGCUGUUUGGGCAUGCCGACCAGAUCCAGCAGACAGGGAGCCUGGACAAGGUGGUGUCCUGGGCCCACCAGUUCCCCUAUGCCUCACCACUCUGGAUGGGACCAUUUCUUGGUUUCUUGAACAUCUAUGAGCCUGACUAUGCCAAAGCUGUGUACAGCAGAGGGGACCCUAAGGCUGUAGAUGUGUAUGACUUCUUCCUCCAGUGGAUUGGGAAAGGCCUGCUCGUUCUUGAGGGGACCAAGUGGUUCCAGCAUCGCAAGCUUCUCACACCUGGCUUCCAGAUGUGGGUCCUGGAGGACAAAGUGGGGUGUCCCCAUUGCUUCCUAUCUCUGAUCCAGGACAAGUGGGAGAACAAAGCUCAGGAGAAUAAAAGCAUUGACAUUUUCUGCGAUGUGGGCCACAUGGCCCUGGACACACUCAUGAAGUGCACCUUUGGCAAAGGAGAAAGCGGCCUGUGCUACAGGGACAGCAGCUACUACCGGGCAGUGUCUGACCUCACACUGCUGAUGCAACAGCGCAUUGACUCCUUCCAGUACCACAACGACUUCAUCUACUGGCUCACCCCACAUGGCCGCCGCUUCCUGCGGGCCUGUCAGGUGGCUCAUGACUAUACAGACCAUGUCAUCGGGAAGCGGAAGGCAGCCCUGCAAGACAAGAAGGAGCAGGAGAAUAUCCAGAACCGGAGACGCCUGGACUUCUUGGACAUUCUCUUGGGUGCUCGGGAUGACAGUGGCAUCAAGCUGUCUGAUGAAGACCUCCGGGCCGAAGUGGACACAUUCAUGUUCGAAGGUCAUGACACCACCACCAGUGGUAUCUCCUGGUUUCUCUACUGCAUGGCCUCUCAACCAGAGCACCAGCAGCGUUGCAGGGAGGAGGUUCGUGAGAUCCUAGGGGACCAGGACUCCUUCCAGUGGGAUGAUCUGGGCAAGAUGACCUACCUGACUAUGUGCAUCAAGGAGAGCUUCCGCCUCUACCCACCUGUGCCUCAGGUGUACCGCCAGCUCAGCAAGCCUGUCGACUUUGUGGAUGGCCGCUCUCUUCCAGCAGGAAGCCUGGUGUCUCUGCACAUCUAUGCCCUCCAUAGGAACAGUGCAGUGUGGCCUGACCCUGAGGUCUUUGAUCCCCUGCGUUUUUCUCCUGAGAAUGCAUCUGGACGCCAUCCCUUUGCCUUCAUGCCCUUCUCUGCUGGGCCCAGGAAUUGCAUCGGGCAGCAGUUUGCCAUGAAUGAGAUAAAGGUGGUCACGGCCCUCUGUUUGCUCCGCUUUGAGUUCUCCCUCGACCCCUCGCAGCUGCCCAUCAAGAUGCCCCAGCUGGUUCUGCGCUCCAAGAAUGGAAUCCACCUGUACCUGAAGCCAGUGGACCCUGGGUCUGGAAAGUAGCUCUGCAGAGAUCAAGGACCUAACCAGCCCAGGCUCUCCUUUCCCACUGGGCGUCACUGUCCAGAUGAAUGUGGAGUAGUCGUGGCUCCCUGUCUUCAGGAGGCUUAUUGUUUGGAAGAGGAAUAGGCACUGGCAUAGACAACUUCCUGGAGGACAGUGCCACUGAAACACUAAUGUCUAUAAAAUAUACUUGUUACACUUA